AUGAAUUGGGACGGCGGAAACAAUGGCAAUGAGAUGGAUGGACCCCAGCCCCGACAGAGCAAACGCAUGCGUGUGGAGUCUGGCCCAUGCGACCAGCCUGCCCUCAGUCGUCCCAAAAUCACAUUUGGCACCUACCUGGACAAGCCAUCUAAUCAACUCCUCGAUGACCUGCAGUACAGUGGUCGACUGCCCAUGCCUAAUGAACAGCGCAAGUACAUCUUUAACCAACCCCGUUUACCUAGAACUGCUACUUACUAUGCAUACUCCAUGCGCCACUGUCAGAUGCGAGAAGUGGUAGGCUGCCGAUGGUCUCGAUAG